GCGGUCCAGACAAGGCGGCGAGGAAGCAGGAAGGGAGGGAGAAGGGGGCGCCAGGCAGGUGUGUCGACGUUGCUCGGGUAACAGCCCCUUGCCCUGAGCCCACUGGCCUGCUCGGCCCCCUUCUUCCUCCCUGUGCUGCACGGUGUCCCGCGGGACUGACUUCGGGAAGCCACCCACCAUGGACAUCUUCGGGGACCUAAGGAGGAUGAACAAGCGCCAGCUAUAUUACCAGAUUUUAAACUUUGCCAUGAUUGUAUCUUCUGCUCUUAUGAUAUGGAAAGGCUUGAUAGUUGCCACUGGAAGUGAAAGCCCUAUUGUGGUGGUGCUGAGUGGCAGUAUGGAGCCAGCUUUUCAUAGAGGAGACCUCCUGUUUUUAACAAAUUUCCGGAAAGAUCCCAUUAGAGCUGGAGAAAUAGUCGUUUUUAAAGUUGAAGGAAGAGAUAUUCCUAUAGUCCACAGAGUCAUCAAAGUUCACGAAAAAGACAAUGGAAAUGUCAAAUUUCUAACUAAAGGAGAUAAUAAUGAAGUUGAUGAUAGAGGUUUGUACAAAGAAGGUCAAAACUGGCUAGAAAAGAAGGAUGUUGUAGGAAGAGCAAGAGGGUUUUUGCCAUACAUUGGAAUGGUUACCAUAAUCAUGAAUGAUUAUCCGAAAUUCAAGUAUGCUCUUUUGGCUGUAAUGGGUGCAUAUGUGAUACUGAAACGUGAAUCCUAAAACAAGAAGCAGAAGCAAUUCCUGGGACUGGACUGAAAUGAAUUCUAUUAAAAAAAGAAAAACUAAUAUAUUUGAAAUGUUCCACUUGCUAUAUAAAAGAAAACAAUAUGCAGGUUUUUUUUGUCUUGUCCAAAUAAAUGGCUCAUCAGUAAA